AUGGCGUACAAUGGCGGAUACGACCAACGGCCUUACGCAGGACCAGCAGCACGAGCCCCUCGUGGACCUCCCCGAGAACCAUAUCCCCAACAGCAACAAUAUAACCAAUACCAAAAUGAUUACGAUUACGGUUACGAUGAAUAUGAUAAUGGUUACCAACAGGACUAUGGUCCGCCCCCGCAAGAUAUGAAUUAUGGCAGACGGCCACCCCCUCCUAAUCAAGGCUAUCCUCCUCAAGAUAUGUACGGCCCUCCCGGACCGGGUGGUCCUGGUAGAGGUCGUCCACCACCCGGCGCAGGAGGGAGAGGCGGACCGAUGCGUGGCCCUCCGUUUCCACGCGGUGGCGGUCCUCCCCCAGGUCCUGGUAGAGGUUACCCACCUUCUGGUCGAGGUGGUCGACCCGGUCUUCCAGAUCGGACCGUCUCAUCAGAUCCCAAUAUGAGCCGCCAUGUACCUCCGGUAGUGAGCCCGAACGAACAAGAUUUUGGUAGUCCAUUUCCCGUUUUCCCUGGUCAUAACAGAAGAUCGGACCUGGACGAAGAGAAUGAUAUUUUGAAUCGUAUGGGUGGAAUGGAUCUUAAUGGAGGAGGGGGAGGAGGAAGACCGGGUAUGCCUCCUAAGAACGGCUCCGCGCCACCAAGAGGGCCAGGACCGGGACAACCACCUAGGCGAGCACCCACAAUGGAGGAUUACGGACGCCCGUCCAUGGACAGUCAAAGAGGUGGAAGAGGCCCUCCGCAAGGAUAUCCAGACCCAAGACGAGGACCACCGCCCGAUCAAGGCUAUGGUUAUCAUGAUGAUGGGUAUGGAGCCCCAAUGUCUCCUGCAAGGGAUGGAUUUGGACCGCCGGGCAGAAGCAUGACGAUGCCUGCAAACAACGAAUACAUGAGAGAUGGUAUGCAACCGCCGAUGCCACCACCGCAGCGCAUGGAUAGCGCGCCAUACAAUGGACCCCCCGGACCUCACGGACGCAAUUUACCUCCACCGCGUCCUUCUACGGCUUCGGGCAAUCGACCACCUCCACAACGAAUGUAUCCUAACCAGGGCCCUCCCGGCCCUCAGGGACCCCCAGGACAAUAUAAUGGCUCAUUACAGCCUCCGGGAUGGAAUGAAGAACCAGACCGAGGGUCCUUUGGUGAUUUCUAUGAUUCCUAUUACGACCAGAGAGUGAGCGGUGAACAAUAUCCUCCAGGAAACCAAUUCCGUGAAGAUAUACCAGAUUUCGAUGCGGUGCCCUCUCAAGGCCCGCGAGAGUCGUUCGAUCAACAUAUGCAUUCUGGCCAGCCUGGAAUGCCCCAACCCGGACCUGCACGCCAACCUGAGAUGUCACGAGCUAAGUCGCAACCCAACCUGCGCGAACCGCAAGCUGCCGUUUUCGAAAUGGUUGGUGAUAUGCCGCCGGUACCGCCGGGUGGUUUCCAAGCAUACAAACCACCUAGCGCUGGUCCAGGUCUGCCCAGCAAUCCUGGUCCUGCAAGGCGUAGUUCUCAAGGGACCCCCCAAAACGGACCAGGCUCUGGACAUCCCGCACCUAUCAGACCUGGAUUGAUGCCAAAUUCGAUGGUAAACCUGAACGAGAAACCCGCGCCGAUCCGAAAUUAUAAUGGUGGUACGCCGCCUGCAGCUGCUGGGGCGCAAGGACGACCGCCGCCAGGCCCACAAAAUGGAAGGCCCUCUUCCACUGUCGAGCAAGCUCCUGUCACACCUGACGAGUUAGAGCGAUUGCGCACCAUCGUGAAGAAUGAUCCAAACGACCAACAGUCCGCUCUCACGCUUGCUAAAAAGUUAGUUGAAGCAGCAGAUGUACUAGUUCCAAGGCUGCCCGAUCCUAAAGCAAGAGCUAGAUCUCGUGAACGAUAUGUCAUGGAUGCGCAUAAGAUUUUAAAGAAGCUGGUUAGCGCCCAGAACCCGGACGCCAUGUUCUUCUUGGCCGAUUGCAAUGGCCGUGGUGUAUUAGGCGAAACGGAUAGCAAGGAAGCCUUCACUCUAUAUCAAUCCGCUGCAAAAUUAGGACAUCCCGCGGCAGCUUAUCGGACGGCUGUUUGUUGCGAACUUGGCAACGAUGAGGGAGGCGGCACACGGAAGGACCCGAUGAAAGCAAUUCAGUGGUAUAAACGCGCCGCGACUCUCGGCGAUACUCCCGCAAUGUACAAAGUCGGAAUGAUUUUGUUGAAGGGGUUGCUUGGUCAACCCAAAAAUCCGCGGGAGGCUGUCGGUUGGCUUAAGAGAGCGGCGGAGCGGGCGGAUGCUGAAAACCCCCACGCGCUACACGAAUUGGGGCUGCUAUACGAGUCAGCACAACCAAACGAUGCGAUUGUACGUGACGAGGCAUAUGCUCUGCAGCUUUUUGAGCAAGCGGCCCAACUUGGAUACAAAUUCAGUCAAUUUAGAAUGGGGUGUGCCUUUGAAUAUGGUCUGAUGGGAUGCCCUGUCGAUCCACGAUUAUCCAUUAUGUGGUAUAGCCGUGCUGCCACGCAAGAGGAACAUCAGUCUGAGCUGGCACUUAGUGGGUGGUAUUUAACAGGAAGCGAGGGCGUUUUGCAACAAAGUGACACCGAGGCAUAUCUGUGGGCCCGAAAAGCAGCUCAAGCUGGUCUAGCGAAGGCAGAGUACGCCAUGGGUUACUUUACCGAGGUUGGUAUUGGCGUGCCUGCCAACCUAGAAGAUGCAAAACGAUGGUAUUGGAGAGCAGCAAGCCAAGAUUUCCCUAAGGCCCGAGAACGGUUAGAAGACCUCAAGCGGUCAGGCAGAAGUGGUCCCCGCCAGCGUGAACGCAUUUCACGGAGCAAGAUUGGUAAACAACAAGAGGGCGAAUGUUCCGUGAUGUAG